AGGCUCUCAGCAACAGGCACCUUGCAACUCUCUCCCACCGGGACAUAGCCAGCCGCUCUUGCCAUGGACAGGUGGUACUUGGGUGGCAGCCCCAAGGGGGAUACCGACCCAUUCUACUAUGACUAUGAGACUGUCCGUAAUGGGGGCCUGAUCUUUGCUGCCCUGGCCUUCGUGGUGGGGCUCAUCAUCAUCCUCAGCAAAAGACUCCGCUGCGGAGGCAAAAAGAAGCAUCGGCCAGCCAGUGAAGAUGAGCUGUAACGACAGAGUCAGCUGUGCCACCAUGGCACUGGGGACAGUUGAGAAGCCUUCCCUGAGCUGCAGACUUUUGUCCCAGAACCACCAGGUCUUCAGAUUGAAGGAGGCACCAGGCUUCAUGUGACCCCUGGAAGGGCAUCCUCACACCCCACGUCACCGCUUCCUAAUAAUAAAGCUG